AUGGACGUUUUGACUUUUGGGUCAACCAGUUCAUCGUCAUCUUCCCAAUUCGUCAAAAACAAUAAUGCGCAAGAGCACGAGGCCCAGUUUCCAAGGGCGACCGAAGGAAUCAUAAAAUCACAUUAUGUUGAUGACUACCUCGAUAGUUUCGAGAACGCGGAGCAGGCUAAACUGGUUACAGAGCAGGUUCGUUAUAUACACAGCAACGGUGGAUUUGAAAUUCGUAAUUGGUUAUGCAAUGAGAGGAAAGUUUUGGAGCAUUUGGGUGAACGUUCGAAGGCUUCGACAAAAGACUUGACAGCUGCAGGCGGUGAUGAUUCGGAUAGAGUGCUGGGAAUGCUCUGGCAGACGGAGACAGAUAUGCUGCGGUUUUCUACGACGUUCCGGGUUGAAAUAGAUGCACUCAUUCGUUCGACAAGUGGACCGACUAAAAGGCAAAUACUCAAGACCGUAAUGAGCCUCUUCGAUCCACUAGGGCUCCUUGCGUCUUUUCUGGUGCAUGGGAAAAUAAUUAUGCAGGAGGUAUGGCGAAGCGGUAUAAAAUGGGACGAGUAUGUGGGUCAGCGAAUCGAACAAAGUUGGCGAAAAUGGAUCGAGUUACUGGACGUUGUAAGGAGAAUUGAGAUACCUCGAUGUUACUUCGCAAAUGCUACCACCGAACGUUACCAAACUCUGCAAGCGCACUUGUUUGUUGAUGCCAGCGAAGCGGCGUAUGCUGCAGUCGUGUACUUCAGGAUUAUCGAUAUGGAAGGUAACCCACAAUGCUCGCUCGUGACCGCUAAAACCAAGGUCGCUCCUUUAAAGUAUGUGUCUAUACCGCGCUUGGAAUUGAUGGCCGCCGUCUUAGGAGCUCGCUUGUUAACGUUUGUGGUAGAGAAUCACACGAUUCCAAUUCAACAGCGCUUCUGCUGGUCUGAUUCCAACACAGUAUUGGCCUGGCUUCGUUCGGAACAUCGCCGCUAUAAACAAUUUGUGGCUUGUCGCGUAGGAGAAGUGCUGACGUUGACGAAGGAAAACGAAUGGCGGUGGGUCCCAAGCAGAUUAAACAUCGCAGACGAGGCCACCAAAUGGGGCAAAGGGCCAUGCUUCGACGCUGGUAGUCGUUGGGUCCAAGGACCGGAGUUCUUGAGCAGGGCGGAGGAACUGUGGCCUAAAGCAGUUGCGUCAACAGUUUCCACCGAAGAGGAAUUACGUCUAUGCCACUUGUUCCACAAAGCAAUUAAGCCGUUGCUCGAUUUCAAGCGCUUCUCCAAUUGGAACAGACUGCUACGAAAAGCUUUGUAUGGGAUUAUUUAUUAA